CCACUCUCCCAAAUUCCAAUCGAAACGAGAAGGAACGAAAGGUCUCCGCGGGAUCCUUAUCCACCCCACCGUCGGCGGCAGACCCAGCCAGAAAGCUCCACCAGUCAGUCGCGUCGCAUCCGACCGCCCACGGCCACGGCUCCCAACCGCUGGCUUCCCAUCCCCCACCAUCCAUUCUCUCACAGCCAAACCCCAAUCCACAAACAAAACAGCGCCCAGCCAAAGCCAAACCCCACAGCCGCGCGCCCCCGUUCAUUCAUUGAAGCUUCUUUGCAGCGCCCGAGGAAGACGACGAUCGAGCUCCGGAGCUCCGGCCAUGGACACGGAGACUCCUCCUCCGCCUCCGCCUCCGCCGCCGCCGGAGCUGGGGAUGGUUGCACGCGCCGUGCAGAGGCUGGUGGCGCGGAACGACGCGGCGGCGGCGGAGGGAGAUCAUAGGCCGUUCGGGAUUAUCAACGGGAUGGCGGCGUUCGAGGCGGCGGGGAGGAAAGGGGCGGCGCGGAUCGGGGUGGGGGAGUACCUGGAGCGGGUGCACCGGUACGCGGGGCUGGAGGCGGAGUGCUACGUGGCGGCGUACGCGUACCUCGACAUGGCGGCGCACCGGAGGCCCGCCGCCGCCGUCGCCUCCAGGAACGUCCACCGCCUGCUCCUCGCUUGCCUCCUCCUCGCAUCCAAGGUCCUCGACGACUUCCACCACAACAACGCCUUCUUCGCGCGUGUGGGCGGCGUAAGCAACGCGGAGAUGAACAAGCUGGAGCUGGAGCUCCUCACCGUGCUCGACUUCAGGGUCAUGCUCAGCCGCCGCCUCUACGACCUCUACCGCGACCACCUCCACAAACUCGACGCUCAGACGACGCCGGCAGACCACGUCAAGGCCAAGCAGCAGCAGCAGCAGCAGCAGCAGCCGGAGGAGCUGCGCUCGCCGGACGCCGACGAAGGGGACGGCGAGGUCGACGACGACACUCACGAUGUUCGACACCGGAAGAAGCUGCCAAACGGCGGCGUACUGCACGACUGGAGCGAGCUCAUGGCGAACGGUGCCGGUAAGGUGCGCGCGCCGCCGGUGCGGUACUCCUUCCCCGGCUAGGCUUCAUCAGACGACACCAUCCAUAUCGACAUGCAAAUUAACUGCGUGCGUGAAAUCGAUGUACUGAUUUACUUGCUGCAUGUGCAUGUGUAGAGAUGAAGUGCAUGCAUCAAGAAUGCAGGCUGUAAAACUAAACUUCGAUCAGGCGAAGGCAUGAUGGUAAAUGAUCAUCAUCUCAAGCCAGGUUUUAUUGAUCUCCGAGCCAGCCAAUUAACAGAGCAUGGGCAAAGUGUACGCUCGUCUUUUAGACUA